AUGGCCUUCCGCCAACCUGUUCCAGCGCCGCGACAGGUACUACUUCCUCAACCCAGUCAGGAAGAAUCGAACUCGACAUCCUUGCUCCACAUACACGAUCGAGUCGAACAAUCACAAGAAUGGGUUCUCUUUUCUCCGUCGCAAGCUGCUUCGACUACGACAGGAACACAAACCGAGCGCACUCCCCACACUGCCGGUCUAUCGCGUCUGAGUGAUUUUGGUUCCCUCGCGACAAGACCAGAUCAAGCCACGCAAAGCAAUGUCGACGAUGCAUUCACCGAAGACGGUGAGCUAGACACUCUCGACGAUGGACUUCAGGCCUUUGGAGAACCCUCCUUGUAUCGAUCGUCCUCAAAUCAAGGCAAUGCAGCCGUACUACCGACUCAUGAUGGGCUGGGGACUUUCCCAGCUUCCAGCGCGGCGGUUCAAGAUCAGCUUUGGCAGCACGAACAAUACAAUCCAAAGCGUAAGCAUGAAGGAAAUCAUGACCAAAGGCCAAGCGUGCUGCGACGACUUGAUACAAUUGAAGAACUUGACCUGCAGAUAACCGAAGAAAAGCGAAUGAGGAUCGAGCAAUGGCGCAUGGAACAAAGCCAGGCCCUUCUGAAGGAGAUCGAGAAGGAGACUAGAAGAAGAAGAAGCAACAGUGCUGACACCAGAGACCCCUUAAGUAACACCAAAAUGGGGAUAGGAGAUGACCCGAUCGGCAAAGGGCCAAAACAGGAUGGUUUGGUUACCCCGUCAAUAGAGAAGACCGAGGAAGUGGAGCCAUUUUGGAAAAAGGUGACUCGGAAAUUCAUCCGGGAUGUUAUCGGCAUUGAUGAGCCUCUCCUUUCUGUCAUUGUGGGUGAAACGCUUCCGCAAGACAUGUAUGCAAUGACGGAUGUGGUCAACAGUCCAGAGGGGGAUUGGUCAGUGGAUCAGCUGUCUCUGAUCCAGGAGACGUGGCCAGAUCGCUUGCUCCAUCGCAUUGCUCGUGAGCUGGGUCUUCUUGUCAACAAGUUAUCUCCUCACCCUGGUGCUUUUUCUGCUGAUUCAUCUUCUAUGCCACCUGACUAUGCCGGGAUACCGAUUUCUGAGCGGUCGUCUGGAAAACUGGGCUCUCCGCAAAGACCUUACAAUGAUCCUAAUUCCCAAAUCACACCAUUGUUUUCGCCCACGGUCCCAGAUCGCGCCCAUGAUGCUUCCUGGGGCCUCGAAGAUGAGACGGCUUGCGACCCAAACGGUCCGAACAUAGACGUGGAUGAUGCCGAAAGGCUCCGAAGAGAAAGAGAAUAUUGGGAGCGCGAGCUCGAUAUUAAGAUGGUCUUCCGCUUUUUGAAGAGCCGAUUUACUUCACACACUAACAAUGGACCAAAGAGCACUCCACCACAGCCAGCGCUAACCACAGAAGAUCCUGUCAGACGUGCGGAUGCCAUUCGACGGCACCAUCCUCUUGUUGCAAGAGCGCAUCAGCCAACCAUUGCGAGGCUUCGGCGAGAUCCUUCUUUACGAACUCUGAGGCGUUCAGCUAGUAGCUGUGCAAGUGAAAGCGUCAGAAGUGGUCGCAGGCCUUCUCUUGUCAGAAGUAAUGGUAGCAGCCGGAAUUAUUGGGAUAUAGGAGGCAGCAUGGGGAGCGGCAGCGCAAUUGCUAGCGCUGGUAUGAUGGGCGCAUAG